AUGGAAGAAAACCAUGUAAAUUUCAUGGGGGCUCCUAUCCCACGGAAUCUUGGAAGUAGUCCAAGUGCACACAUGGACUAUUUUCAGGAAUAUCGUAACGAAAGUAUAUCGCGUAUGCAGGUGCCUAGCUACGAGUGGGGCGGAUUAAAUAUAUCCUAUGCCCCGCAUCCAGACGCAUCUGUGUAUAAGAAAACCAUAGAGUACGCUAGACUUCCAAAGUCCCAGUUCAGCAUGUUAGAUGCAGCUCGACAACAAGAAGUUGACGACUUUUAUCUAGCUUGCCAGCUACAUCGAGACCAGUAUAAGGAUUAUUCAGGGACAUUACACCCCCUAGAUUACUUCAAAUCCGAUGAAUAUUCAUACCAAUGCCCCACCGACCCCACAAGCCAAUACAUAAAAUGCCCAGAGUAUUUCAGUAAAUAUAAGCACCCUCUUACCCUCCCAAUAACCCUUGAAAGAUCUUUACGAACCCCAUCUUUGCCCAACAGGGCAUUAACUGGUGUGUACAGUCCUACUAGCGAUAUCGCUUAUAAAAGAUAAGUGUGAAAGUGUUUGUU